AUGAAUCAUAUGUAUAAACCAAUAGUAGUUUGCUAUCCAAUUAACUCUUUGAUGUUAUUAUAAUUAACUUUCCUAAAAAAAAAGAUUGUUCACAUUCAAUAUUGUAAAAACUCUGAACUAUUAUAUUAUAUAAAAAACGAAUUCAACUAUGAUUCAUCAGAAGAUUGUUUUCUUAGCCCUGAUUUGUUUAGUUUCAGGAACAACAGUUAUGAAUAAUUAAGAGGUGUGAUGGAUUCGUAUGUUAAUCCAGGUGUGUAAUCUUCAAUAGAUGAAUUAACAUAAUCAAAGAUUGGACAUAUGGUUAUUGAUUUAGCUGAAGUUACAAUGAGAGUUACUGGAGCUGUAGAUUCAUUAGUAGAGGGAGUCAAAGCCUUUGGUCGUCAAAUUGAAGAGAGAUUGAAUUUGGAAAAUACACAAUGGGAAGUUGUUGAAAGUGAACAUAAUGCUAAAGUUAUUUCACUCAGUUCAUAAGCCAAUCAAGCUGAAUUUGAUAUCAAUAGAGAAAAGAAAGUAUUGAAUUCAGAAUUGAUUCCAAGAUUGCAUGAAUUAGAUGAUAUCUUAUUAGGACUCAAAGCCAAAUAAACAGACAACACUUAAUCAUUCAAAGAAGCUGAAGCAGCUAGAAAUACAUAACAUGAUUCAUUUGUAUUGACCACAACAGAAUUUACUGAUGCUUUAAGAAAUAUAGAUGAAGCAUUAGAUUUAUUAACUGAUCUAUUCAAAAGUGGAGAAGUUAGAGCUGCUUUCAUUGAAGUAUCUGAUGAAUAGAAACACAAAGUCAACAAAGCUUUAAGAUAAGUCAAAGCUAAUACUGAGAAUUUUGGACAUCAAUAUUCAUCAUUCAUCUAAGCAUUAACUAAUUUAACAGAAGGAAUCAACUUCAAAGAUAGAUAAGUAUUAAAAGAAAUGUGUGAUUUCUUGAAUAGUUUAAGAUUGAAUAUCUUUGAUGCCUUGACUAAAGCUUAUAAAGAUGAAGACAGUUAAAAAUAAUAAGAUGAAUUAAGAAGAUCAUAAUUGACAGCUGAAAAAGCAGUAUUUGAUUAAUAAUAUGCUGAUUUCUAUUAAGAAAGAGAAGAUAAAACAGUUAGAAUUUCUGAUGUUGAAACUUUGAUCUCAACUAGACAAGCUGAUCUUAAAGCUUAUUAAGAUAGAUUAAGAACUGAAAAUAAUAAUUAUUCUGCCAAUCUUAAAAUUCAUGAUGAUAUUGUGUCAUCUGUCUAAUAAGAAUUAGCAGUCUUAGCAAAGGCAUUGUAAGUGGUCCAAACUCCACCAUUCUUAGAUUUCUUAAAUGGAAGAAUUGCUAAAGCAUGAUUUUAUAACAUUUAAUAAUGUUGUAAAAUAAUUUAUUAA